GAGCUGAUAACUAUUUGAAAGACUUGGUGAGGCUGAACGUUUAAGCACAAAAAUCAUAACUAUGAAUAGAUACCAGCUUAUUGGCCGGAAGACGAAGGUAAAUAGGCCACAGACCCCAGACUAUGGACCCCUAAGUCUACACUCCAUGCCUCCAGAGAUCCUUAUCAAAAUUUUCUCUCACUUCAAAAAUGACACAUUGGAACUCAUAAAUAUUUCCCUUGUGUGCCGAAAACUUCACAAUAUAAUAGUCAAGAACUUCCUCUACAAGGAUGUUCGAUUCAAGGAUACAAACAGUUUUCUCAAGUUCACCCAUGCCCACUUACCAAAUAAAAGAUACGGAGUAAGUGAAACAUCGACUCAUGUCAAUUUGAUUCGAACGGUAGAGUUUGUGAAUCCUCCCGUACAAAAUUCACAAAACUCCAGGACCAACAUAGCAGGUAGCUACUCUGUUAAUGUGGUGAUAUCGAAUAAUAGUGUAACGAAUUUCAAUGAUUUUGUGCUGGGAGUGAAUAUGCUACUUAAAGAGAAUUAUAACUUGAAGACCAUCAUAAUACUGGAGAUUUCCCCACAGUUUCUUUUCAACAACAUUCUGGUAGAUACAUCAUUACUAAAAAAGUAUAAGAAACGACAGAACAGAACUCUUCACCGGUUGGUGAUCAAAGCCCAAACCGGUUGGUCUAUUUUGUUUAGGGUUAACCACAUCUCUAAGAUCUUGGACAUUUUUGACAGCGUUGAUGAGUUAGAGUUGCACAACUUUAUUAUUGACGAGUCCAAGCUUGUGGGAUUAUCAAUACCCAAGACGGUGAUAAUACACCAGCUUUCCUUGGUUUCGUGUUCUUUUACCAACAGAUGCCAAAAGAGAACACCCUCAGAGCUUCUCAAAAGCACUUCCAGUUUGAGACUAGAGAACUUGACCAAUAACCUGGAUUUAUCGGUCAUAGACAUGGUGAAGUGCAAUGACAUGUUGGAGACACUUAUCAUGGAUAUGGACUCAAAGUUAUUCUAUGAGAAUGGUUCGUUUAAUUUCAAGACCUUUAAUCCUUUCUUCAAGCUACUCUGUUCCGGAAGUGGUUAUUUCGCUAACUUGAAAUGCCUUGUGUUCGACAAUUUCGAUAUACUAUACCAGUACAACCACAAUCACAAGAACGAAGAAAAUGACCGACACGAAGAAAAUACCUUGACCGAAUUCUUGAACCAUAUCUCCAAGACCAAAUACCUUAUUAUCAAAGUCAAGGACAUGCCACGAACUAUUCACACAUGUAAGAAUUGUGGAUUUAUGAAGACUCAAGACGGUAUUUCAAUUGAAAAUCUCUCUAAAACUGACUGGCGUACUCUCGUAUGGCCGUUGAUAGAGGCUAAAACAAAAUUCAGAAUCAUGAGCUUUAAGGGAAUGAUCUUGUACGAAGUCACUUAAAUUAUACAAGGAUUUUAAAGAACGCCAACACAUACGCUAAUGCCAAGAAGGUUAAUUUGACUUGCUCAAAACCAGCUCCUAGAAUUGAGUUAGUUUUUGAAGUUCACGUGUAACUCACAGAUGAGAGAAGAUAUUGGCAA